AGCUUUGCAUGAGAGAAGAUGGUAAGCAACAAGUUUGUAUUGUGGGUUUGCAAGAAUACAGUGUGUCUGAUGUAGAGACAAUUAAAGAGCUCAUUGAGAAAGGAAGUGCCACAAUAAGUACUGGUACCACUGGUGCAAAUGAAGAAUCCUCUCGCUCACAUGUCGUACUUCAGCUUGCUAUCAAGAGGGUAGUUGAUGGCAAUGUAUCAAAGCCUCCCCGUCUUGUUGGUAAACUCUCCUUUAUAGAUCUUGCUGGAAGUGAACGUGGUACAGAUACUACAGAUAAUGACAAACAGACAAGGUUACAGAGAGGGAUUAAAAACAACUUUUAAAGG